GGCGGCGGCGGGGCCGGGAUGCACCGGCGGGGGGUGGGGGCGGGGGCGAUCGCCAGGAGAAAACUGACCGAGGCCAAGUACAAGGAGCGAGGGACGGUCCUGGCCGAGGAUCAGCUGGCCCAGAUGUCCAAGCAGCUGGAGACGUUCCGCACACACCUGCAGGCCUUUGCCAGCAAGCACAAGCAGGAGAUCCGGCGCAGCCCCGAGUUCCGCCUGCAGUUCCAGGACAUGUGCGCCACCAUCGGCGUGGACCCGCUGGCCUCUGGAAAAGGUUUCUGGGCCGAGGUGCUCGGGGUCGGAGACUUCUACUACGAGCUGGGGGUGCAGAUCAUCGAGGUGUGCCUGGCGCUGCGGCACCGCAACGGAGGGCUGAUCACGCUGGAGGAGCUGCAGCAGCAGGUGCUGAAGGGCCGCGGGAAGUUCGCGCAGGACGUCAGCGCGGAUGAUCUGCUCCGGGCCAUCAAGAAGCUGAAGGUUUUGGGGAGCGGCUUUGGGAUCAUCCCGGUGGGGGGAACGUUCCUGGUGCAGUCGGUGCCGGCCGAGCUGAACAUGGAUCACACGGUGGUGCUGCAGCUGGCAGAGAAAAAGGGAUUUGUGACCGUCAGCGAGAUCCGGGACAGCCUCAAGUGGGAGACGGAGCGAGCCAAGCAGGUGUUGGAGCACCUGCUGAAGGAGGGCAUGGCCUGGCUGGACGCGCAGGCCCCGGCCGAGCCGCAGUUCUGGCUGCCCGCGCUCUUCUCCGAGCUCCACACCCAGGACAGCGCGGCCGGGCCCUGACGGCUCCCGGGAAUCCCCCCUGGAAUCCCAGCUGGAACCCUUGGGAAUACCCCCUGGAAUCCUGGCUGGAAUCCCCCGGAAUCCCUCCCAGGAAUCGCCCCUUGAAUCCCUUCUGGGAUCCUUGGGAAUCUCCCUCCUGGAGCCCAUGGGAAUUCCUCCUGGAGUCCUCGAAAUCCUGGCUGGAAUCAUUCCCAGGAUCCUCAGGAAUCCCUCCUGGAGUGCUUGGGAAUCCCAGCUGGAAUCCUCCCUGGGAUCCUCAGGAAUCCCUCCUGGGAUCCUCGGGAUCCCUCCUGUCCCCGCACAAUCCCGGGGACCAGGAAUAAAAGUUUUGUACGAA